AUGGACGUCGUCGCGGCUGCCUCGGGGUACAUCUCCAAGAUGGUUACCGUGGGUGAGUCGGCAGGAGCGUCGUCAUCAAAGAUGAAGAUCUUGCUUCUUGAUAGUGAGACAGUCCCUAUUGUUUCCACGGCCAUUACCCAAUCCGCUCUCCUUAAUCACGAAGUCUACCUAAUCGACCGCUUGGACAAUACCGCGCGCGAGAAGAUGCGACAUCUGCGAUGCCUCUGCUUCGUGCGACCAUCACCCACCUCUAUUCAGUUUUUGAUUGAUGAGCUCCGAGAACCUAAAUACGGCGAAUAUUACAUCUACCUUAGUAACAUUAUCCGCAAAUCCGCCCUCGAGCGGCUUGCGGAAGCGGACAGCCACGAGGUCGUCCAGUCGGUCCAGGAACAGUUUGCCGACUUCCUUGUGAUAAACCCGGACCUUUGCUCUUUGGGUAUGGGUUUCCCAUUGCAACGGAUAUGGAGUCAAUCGCCGGACUUAUGGAACCCGGAUUCACUACAAAGAGCCACGGAGGGGGUUCUGGCCCUGCUCCUCGCCUUGAAGAAAAACCCGCUUAUCCGCUACGAGAAGAACAGUUUAUUGGCCCGGAAAUUGGCGACAGAGGUCCGAUACCACAUCACGCAGGAGGAGCAGCUAUUUAACUUCCGCCGGACGGAUACACCGCCUAUCCUGCUCGUUCUUGACCGCCGCGAUGAUCCCAUUACGCCGUUGCUGACUCAAUGGACGUACCAGGCGAUGGUGCAUGAGAUGCUUGGCAUCAACAAUGGCCGCGUGGAUCUGCAGGAUGUACCAGAUAUCCGACCAGAACUGAAAGAGAUUGUCUUGGCUCAGGACCAGGACCCAUUCUUCAAGAAAAAUAUGUAUCAGAACUUUGGUGAUCUGGGCCAGAACAUUAAAGAAUAUGUGGAGCAGUACCAGACCAAAACCCAAAGCACUGCGAAUAUCGAGUCUAUUGCGGACAUGAAACGUUUUGUGGAGGAUUAUCCCGAAUUCCGCAAGCUGGCAGGUAAUGUCAGCAAGCACGUUACCCUGGUAGGUGAACUCAGUCGGCGCGUCGGUGAGGAUACCCUCCUCGACGUGAGCGAGUUGGAGCAGAGCUUGGCAUGCAAUGAUAACCACUCCAAUGAUCUUAGGUCACUACAACGAAUCAUCGCGCUGCCAAAUGUGCCAGCAGACAAUAAGCUGCGCCUAGUGGCUCUCUAUGCCCUUCGUUUUGAGAAGCAACCCAACAACGCGCUACCAAUUCUCCUUGAUCUCCUCGUCACAGCCGGCGAAGUCUCAUCUCACCGCGUAAAUAUUAUCCCCAAGCUACUCGCCUAUCACCAUUCCCUCCAAGCCCCUCCGGUCGCAGGCGGGUUCUCCGACCUCUUUGAAUCAACCUCCUUCUUCUCCGGCGCAAGAGACCGCUUCAAGGGUCUUAAAGGCGUCGAGAACGUCUACACGCAACACUCCCCCCGACUGGAAGUAACUCUCCAAAAUCUUAUCAAAGGCCGCCUGAAGGAAUUGCAAUACCCCUUCCUCGAGGGCAGUGGACACACGCGGGACAAACCGCAAGACAUCAUCAUCUUUAUGGUUGGUGGUACCACGUACGAGGAGGCCAAGAUGGUAGCGCAGGUCAAUGCCAGCUCCCCUGGUGUGCGAGUCGUUCUGGGCGGUACUUCCAUUCACAACAGUACAACCUUCUUGGAAGAGGUUGACGAUGCAGUGGGCAGCUGGCCGGAACCAGGACCUACGACGGCUGCGGGACGGCUGCGACGGGAGAGAAGAAACCCCAAAUGCGGAGAGAGCUCCAUCUUUUCCCUCUCCCCUCAUCUGAGAGCCACAUCAUGGAACAGACUUCCCCCAAAGGAGGGCCCUCCUCUCCAGUAUCACGCGAACCAAGACUCCAUCUCCCUUCAACGACUGAUCCACCCGGUCCCCAGAACCCCGCCAAACCCCUCGUAUGGCUGGUAUACAACCCCUCCCCCGAGCAACAAAAGUCACAUUCAACACAUUAACACACCUCCCCAGAUCUUCGGUGCAACGGGCCACAUGGGUCGCUCCCUAGUAAAAACCGCCCUCGCCAACAAUGACCUAGUAGCAGCAGUGGGACGCACAUACGAGAACAGCCCCGCAUCAAUGAAAGAGCUCGAAUCAGCAAACUGCAUCGGACUCCUAUGCGACGUACGAGCGCGCGAGACCGUCAAGCGCGUAAUCGACCAGACAAUCACGCGAUUCGGCCGAAUCGAUAUAAUCGCAAACUGCUCCGGCUACGGCGUGAUCGGCGCCUGCGAAGACCAGGAUGAAUUCGACAUCCGCAACCAAUUCGAAACAAAUUUCACAGGCACCCUGAACAUGAUCCAGCUAUCUCUACCGCAUUUCCGCCAGCGUCGCGCGGGGAGAUACCUCAUUUUUAGCUCGACGUCUGGAGCGCUCGGCGUGCCGGGUCUCGGACCCUACUGCGCCUCCAAAUAUGCCGUCGAGGGCUUGAUGGAGAGUAUGCUGUAUGAGGUGGACAGCUUUAAUAUUAAGGGUACACUUGUAGAGCCGGGUCAUAUGCGUCGUGAUGAUAAUGGGGAUGUUGUUUCUCCGGGGGCUUUCGCGACUAACCCCUCCGAGCAUCAUCUGUCGUCGCCGUUGCCGCUCUACGGCCAUUUUUUGGUGAAGCCGCCCAGUGAGCCGUAUAAUACGACUACAUCUCCGGCGGCGCAUGCACGACGUAUGCUCAUGUGGCUGGGUGAUAAACAGCCUGCUAGUGCGGUAAAGGCGGCGCAUUUGGUCUGGCAGCUUGGUCAUUGCUCUUACCCGCCUCUGAGGCUGGUUCUGGGGACGUAUGCUGUGGAGAGUAUACGGGAUCGGUUGAAGUGUAUUAUUGAGGAGAUUGAGGAUUGGAAACAUCUCAGUUUCCCGAUGGGUGAGACGCAGCCGGUUGGUGCUGAGCGUGAUAAGUCUGUUCAAGCUGAAGGGAGUGAAUUGGGUAAUGGAUGA